AUGAUGGUGUCCUGGAUCCGCCGACGUGACUUCGACGUCCUCACGGUGGCGCUGGCCACGUACACCGCGGACGAGCGUUUCCAGGCGGUACACAUGGAGCGCUCCGAGGACUGGAUGCUCCAGAUCAAGCGCGCCCAGCCCACGGACGCCGGCGACUACGAGUGCCAGAUCAACAUGCACCCGCUCAUCUCCUACUUCGUGCGCCUCACCGUGCUCGAUCCUGGAGUCCCCGAGCUGUUCAUCCUGGAGUCCCCGGUGUUCGUGUUCUGGUACCACAACGACCGCAUUAUCAACUAUGACGCGGCCAAUAAUGGACCCGGGCACAUCUCGGGCGGCAUGCGAGGCCAGGACGCCUACGUCAGUAGCCUCUUCAUCCGCAACGCAAAACCGCAGGACUCGGACAAAUACAAGUGCGGCCCGUCGAACGCGGACUCAACCAGCGUCGUCGUGCACGUCUUAAACGGUAAAAUCCUUUUUUAA